AAAGUAGCAUCUAGAGCUUUCUGUGUUUCUCCCACAUAUCUGUGACAGUGUGUCAAGAAUGAACUUGACCCAUAUAGAGCAGCAUCUAGACUCCGCCCACAGCUGUGCUGUGGACUCUGACCCACACGACUGAAGCCAUGUGAGUCUAAUCGUUGACAACCGCAGGAGAUCUGUCACAAACCCUUCAUGAACAAUGAGCAGACCUUUCCAAGGCCAUCACAAACUGAACCGACUUGUAUGACACACAGAGGUAAAAGGCGGUGUUCACACUGAUCUGGAGGCAUCAUGGCUCUGCUCGUGCAUGUGCUGGCUUGCGCCUUUGGGCUCGGCUCCUGGGUUGCAAUAAACGGUCUGUGGGUGGAACUGCCGCUUAUCGUCAACACUCUGCCUGAGGCCUGGGAGCUCCCUUCCUACCUGACAGUCAUCAUUCAGCUAGCUAACCUGGGGCCCCUGUUGGUCACCGUCAUGCACAAACAGUGUCCGGGCCGCCUUAACGAGCGUUUUGUUAUUUAUUUCAUCCUCUCCAUUGGUGUUGUGUCUUGUGUCCUGCUUGCCUUUUUUUGGGAGAGGACCACCAUUGUGGCUGGGGCUCCACACAGCACAGCCUUCUUCAUCAUCACCUUCUUCCUCUCUCUGGUGGACUGCACGUCUUCAGUUACUUCCCUUCCUUUUAUGAUGCAGCUUCCAGCAAAAUACAUCACCACGUAUUUUAUAGGAGAGGGGCUGAGUGGCUUUAUUCCUGGUGUCAUUGCUUUGGCACAAGGUGUCGGCAUCGCCAAGUGUGUCAACUCAUCUAAGACACAUGGAAACCACACAGACGAAGAGCAAUGGUCCAUGCAAACUGAGUAUCUUUCUCCGAACUUCUCCACACAGGUGUUUUUCUUUUUCCUGGCAGCCAUGAUGUGCGUUAGUUUGGCUGCUUUUAUUGGACUGAACAGGCUUCCUCGGACAUACGAACUAUCCACAGAAAACCUUGUGCAGGACACUGCAGCAUCAGUCAGCUCUGGAUUAGACAACUCAGGAGCAGACACCGACGGAGGGGUUGAUAAGAGCUCAGCAGCCAAGAGCGGGCAGCUGCCGGCUGAACUGCAGCCCUCCAAGUACCAGCUGAUCUACAUCUACUGCCUGGUGGUGUGGGUAAAUUCCUCCACCAAUGGUCUGCUGCCCUCUGUGCAGACGUACUCCUGCAUGCCAUAUGGGAACCUUGCCUAUCACCUGUCUGCAGCUUUGUCUUCAGUGGCAAACCCAGUGGCCUGCACAAUUGCAAUGUUCUUUCAAAACAGAUCCCUGAUCUUUCUUGGUGUGUUGACCUUAUUGGGGACAGGCUUUGGUGGCUACAACAUGGCUAUGGCAGCUAUGAGCCCCUGCCCUUUGCUCAUUGGCUCUGCGGUGGGAGAGGCUGUGAUUGUGUUGUCGUGGCUCUUUUUCACUGGGACGCUGUCAUAUGUUAAAGUGAUGGUCGGUGUCAUCCUGAGAGACCACAGCCACAGCGCCCUGGUGUGGUGUGGAGCAGCCGCUCAGAUGGGCUCACUGGUUGGUUCCAUCACCAUGUUCCCACUGGUUAACAUCUACCACCUGUUUAAGUCAGGAGACUUCUGCAACACCCAGUGUCCAUCAUGACAGAUGAUCAGAGUCUAUUUGUUGAAGGAACUGAAUUUCCCUUUUGGAUGAAGACUUCUUGACUUAUAUUCAUUCCGAUUACCAAUGAAAAAAAUCCAAUCGGUUUGUUUGUCUUUUGAACGAAUGACAAUUCACAAAAUAAAUAUAAAGCAUGUGUCUGUCCAAAGUACACUCAUUCAGAUAGGAUAUGAAUGUCCUCUCUGUGUUUGUUUUAUGUAUGUAUUACAGCCCUGUGUCUCACCUCAUUUUCUGACUCUAUUAUUAAAAGGAUCUUAAACAGCA